AUGAAAGGAUGUUCUAUUUUCAGACCUGGGUAUUUUUUAUUUCUGCUUUGUCUUUUUGCUGUGGAAGGCAAAAAGUCACCUACAGGAAAACAUACCUGCCGAAAAGGACUCCUCUCCCAGGUGACAGAGAACCUGUAUGUCAAGGCAACUAGUUUGAAAUCAUCUGUUCCUAGGGAUCUCAUCAAGACCACGAGGCUGCUUAAAAAGACUACAAAAAUGCUGUUUAUGACAAACUGCAGUGUUCGAGAUCAGCUCCUCUCCUUCUAUGUGAAAAAUGUCUUCAGUCGUCUUGAGGUAGGGAGUGACAAGUUGUACUUUAUUAGUGCCUUCCAGGUCCUGCAAGCAAAUAUGGAUGCCUGUCUUCCAUGUGCUCCAUCCACAAGGUUAACUUCUGCAGUCAAAAAGUUAAAGAGAAUAUUUCUUAAGCUUGGAGAUCAGGGAAUCUACAAGGCCAUCCAUGAACUGGACAUUCUCCUUCCCUGGAUUCAGGCCUACGUACAAACCAUCAUAUGA